CUCUAUAAAUACCCGCGCCGAAGCUCCUCUCCGCACACUGCAACGCGCCACUGCAACGCAUCACAUGGUGAAGCAACAGGUGUAACAGACCUGUAACAACAGACACCCCGGAUGAUCCCCGUGCCUGGAAGGAACAUGGAGGUGAACACAGCAGAGAAAGUAGUCUACCUUUCCGUUGAUGGCACCGCCGACACGUUCAGCUCUUGCGCAACUGCCGGGCAUCCACAGAUCCAGCUCAACAUGGACGAUCAUGUUGAACAAACGAUUUCAACCAGCUUCCCAAUGUUAAAGUCACAGGUGUCAACUGUCAAUCACCUACAAUCCUCAUGCGGUACAAAAAGGUCUCGAGCAUGACCAGGGCGAGUAAAGGGAUCUUUAAAACGGUCACUGAGCACUGGAGACACACGGACAAGAAGACGAGGGUGGUCCGGUCUUCCAGCACGGGGACCACUCAGCCUACAUCCUCGGAAAUGUUCCCCAAAAGAAGAUCAUUCGACCCGCUAGCGACGUUGACCCUCCCGGACCAGACUGCAUGCACCGCGCCACUGGAGGAGAUGCGCCUCACCAAGCCCCGUAACUGCCGGCGCGUUGUAGUACUCGGCGCGCCUAGAGUGGGCAAGACGAACAUUCUCAGGCGGUUCCUGCGCGGCGGGUUCGAGGAACAGUACGAGCCCACGGCAGAAGACUUCCACAGGAAGUUGUACCAGAUCCGAGGAGAAACCUAUCAGAUUGAUAUCCUGGACGCAGCGAAGGAGAGAGACUUCCCCGCCAGACGGAGGCUGUCCAUACUGACAGGUGACAUAUUUCUCCUGGUGUUCAGUGUGGAUGACAGAGACUCCUUCAAAGAGGUGCACGCACUGCGCAAAGAGAUCAUAGCAGCCAAGACCAAGCUGAUGAAGCUCAAAGAGAAUGCCCGGGUUCCCAUAGUGAUAUGCGGCAACAAAGUGGACUUAGAGGCGGAGAGGGUCAUCAGUCGCCCGGAGAUGUUCCGAGCUCUUGGGGAGGACACGGCGCUCUUCGAGACAUCAGCCAAAGACACUACCAGUCUAGAAGAGAUGUUCCGAGCCCUUGUCAAGCUAGGCGGUCUCCCUACCGAGACGCGUCCGUCGCAGCACCGCGAGAUCUCCAUACGUACCUACCAGGCGCUGAGCACCAGCAGAAGCCGUUGCGGCAGACGGAGCCGUGCGUUGGUUCCAGACGCGCCCUGCGGUGCGGUUUAUCCACUGGCCCGCCGCCCCAGCUUUAACAGCGACCUACAGCUGGUAAUGGGCCCCAGCCCCACUAAACGGAGCAAACCCAUAGAGAAGUGUCAAAUUCAAUGAAUUGAGGGACUUCUCAGUACAAUACACAUAUUGUAGUAUUACAAUAUAUAACCACAAUGUCAAGAGUUAUACUCUGCUUUAGGCUACUGGCUGGACCAGUCGAGCCAACUGUGUAAAUGUAGAUUUUAUUUGUGUACUGUGAAAUAAUUAAAAAAAUAUAUUAUCAUAUUAAUAUGAGUUGUGUUGUGAUAUUUUAGU